AUGAAGGUACCGUGUGUUUCCCUCUGGUUCUUGAGCGCAACACUCAUCCUGUGCUCAGUGCACAUCCGUGGGCUCAGGAGGUGUCUGAUUUCCCUGGACAUGCACCAUAUAGAAGAGAGUUUCCAAGAAAUCAAAAGAGACAUCCAAGCUAAGGACGCCUUCCAGAAUGUGACUAUCCUGUCCACAUCGGAGACCCUCGAGAGCAUUAAGCCCUUAGAUGCAUGCUGUGUGACCAAGAACCUCCUGGCAUUCUACGUGGACAGAGUGUUCAAGGAUCACAAGGAACCAAACCCCCAAAUCUUGAGAAAAAUCAGCAGCAUUGCCAACUCUUUCCUCUACAUGCAGAGAACUCUGCAGCAAUGUCAGAAGCAGAGGCGUUGUCACUGCAGGCCAGAGGUCACCAAUGCUACCAGAAUCGUCCAUGACAACUAUGACCAGCUGGAAGUCCAUUCUGCUGCAAUUAAAUCUCUGGGAGAGCUCGACAUCUUUCUAGCCUGGAUUGACAAGAAUCAUCAAGAAACGUCUGCAGCUUAACAAGAAGCCUAAGUAUCCAGGGGUGAAUGACACCCUGUGAGAUUCUGUGGGAGUAAGCCCACUUUGAAGGGAAGAGAGAUGGA